GGAACUUCGGCUUGGGGGGGGGGGCGGCUUCCGCUAAUCGCAGCUGUUGAUUGGGCAGUAAGGCAGUCUCUACACAACUUGCUCUGAAAGCUACAGUGCAUGCUGGUGGAAGCCGGAGAAAGACUUGUAGCUUGUAGCUCCUCAAUGGAAGAAAGGCCCCGUGAACAGGCGCACGAGAAACGCUGUCAUCAUGGAGAAGAGAAGAGCCAAAAUCGACCAAAAAUAUCGCUGAAAAAUGAUCAAAGUCAGUGCCAGUACCAGCACCAGGAAACGCAGACGAAGAAAACAGACUCCUCCUUGAUGAUGGUUUAACAGCGCCUGGCCGGACUGUCUGCAAUGCGAUGGAAGAAUAAACGGCAGCAGCACGGAGGGAGAGAAAACGCUCUCGGCGAACGAUCCAGCCCGCACCCUUUAUCCCGCGAGCCGCAAUGGCAGCAGACCGCCGCGAGUAGCCGCUAACUCGAGAGCGAAGAAGCCAGGAAAGGCCUUUAGCACUCUGUCAGCAGCGGGGAGCCGAGGCAGCUGUAAAUGCACGAAGAGUAUGGACAGCAGCGAGAAUGACAAACCCUUAGAUUGCUCACCCCACGAGGCCAAGUCAUCGCUGGACAAGAAGGAUUCCCUUUCCCUCCUCAACGGGGUCGUGUCUCUCGGCGCCGGCCGCGUCGCCAAUGGUUACCCCUGCGAGCCGGCGCUCGACGAUGACGGCAGCGGCUCCGAGAACGGAUACACCACUCCCGGGAGACGCAGGGCGGGACGCGGCGGCCUCAGGGGCGCGGAGAAUGUGAGCGCGCCGCAGGAGGAGGAGGAGACCAUGCAGCAGGGCAGCGCAGCGCCCGCCAGGCCGGACGCGGGACCCCCGAGCCCGGAGCCCGAGAAACCGCCCGCCCCCCCCCGUCUGGACGGCGGCAGGCCCGGCGCCAAGGCCGAGGUCGGAGCCGGAGCCGGAGCCGCGCGGGCGGGGGAGCCGCAGCGCAAAAACUCGGUGGGCAAGGCCGCCGGCGCCCCGGGGAAAAAGUUCGAGGACAGGCCCGGCAAAGCCAGGCUCGUCGCCCCGGCGACCGCGAAAGAGGACUCGUGGACUUUGUUCAAGCCCCCUCCCGUUUUCCCCGUGGACAACAGCAGUGCUAAAAUUUCACCCAAGAUCAGUUAUGCAAGUAAAGUCAAGGAGAACCUCAACAAGGCGGCCCAGGCCGGCGGGGGCGACGCCCUCCCACCUCAGGAGCCCGGACGGCUCUCGCUGGUUCCCAUGUCCGCUUUGAAAACCAUCACUUCAGCUAGCUUUACGAACGGCCCCAUUUCCGGAGAGGGGAAUGGCUGCCUCCAGGUGGGGCCACUCUUAACCACUGCUGCUAGUACUGUACCGCUGGCCUCUCCUCUCUCAGGGGGCGACGAUGUAGCAUCCUCUCCUGACAAUGACAGUAGCACUACGACAACCCCUGUGGCAGCCACUGGCGAACCGAGAAAGUCUAGCCUUUUUGUUUACCCUCUUACCCCGACUAAUAUGCAACCUGCGCUCCCCAGUGCCCGCCAAGUGGACACGCCUCCUGCUCAGACAAAUCAGAAAGCCUUGGGGGACAUCUUCCGGAACCAGUGGGGGCUGUCCUUCAUCAAUGAGCCCAACGCUGGGCCGGAGAGUAAGGAGGGCAGCGCAGCGGAGGUGACGUUUCAGGGGAGGUGCCCCGUUGCCACGGCCGCACAGGACUCCAGUUUGUCCCCGCCCACGUGGGACCGCCCUCCCUUCCCACCAGCGGCUCACGGGGCGGACAAACGGACUAGCCCCCUACCCGUUAGCAGUGUUUUGAAAGCCUGCCCCCCUGCAGUGCCUGUCAGUGGGGGUGGGACGCAGACCCACCCUCUGGGACUGGACGCGCUCAAAGGCGAGAUCGGGAGUCUCGGUGCAAUCGUGUUCGCUUCUUCUAAAGACCCCAGUGCUGACCCACCUCAGGCCUCCCAGACUGACUCUGCGUUGGCUCUGGUCAAAGAGCAGAGCCAGGCCAAGGGCUUUGACAGAAGGUGUAGCUGGGGGUCGUUCGAUCUAAAAGCUGCUGUAGUUUAUCACACUAAAGAAAUUGAAUAUAUUUUGAAUUUGCAAAAACAAGAUCCAAAAAGAGUAAUCAUUUAUGACGAGACCAAGGACAGGCCUGACCAGUGAGGUUGAGGGGGAGCUGCAGUUGGACUUGCUCUGAAUGCUACAUGUGCUCCUUUUCAAAGUAAAUAUUCAAAUUAAUCGCAACCCUCACUUCUGUAGUGGAACUAAGAAAAGAGUAUCCCACAAAAGACUACAAAAAGGUGAAGUUCUGAGCAGUGAAAUGCAGAGGAGCAAAAAGGGGGGGGUGGGUUGGGGGGGGUGGUGUUGAAGAAGUGGAACACGCCUUUAUGCAAAGUUCAGCACUGGAGUCAGUGGGGAGUUGCUGGAGAACAGUGCAGACGGCACCUGGAACGCGGUGCAGAAUAUGCCUGAGCUCAAAGACUUUGUUCGUAAGCGGUUGCGAUCACAGACACUGUGGAAACCGUGGACACUUCCCGCUGUGACGGCUCACAGCUCGCCACGCCAACCUUUGCGAGGGUAGAGUUGGCCGCACCUCCUUAAAAUGUGUUUUGCUGGUGUCAAGAGAGGACAGACAACUCUGUUCGUAAAUGGGUUGCCUCGGUCAUUUUGUUUCUUUAUGAAUUCAAAUCGGUUUAAUAUGUCUAUAUAUGUAUAUGUAUUCUUGUGUAUACAUAUGCAAUAAUAUAUGCGCUUGUCUGAAUUCAUAAUGAAAACAAAUUAAAUGACAUGUACUUUUAGAAAGAAUGCCUUGAUAUUAAUAGCAAAAAGCAAAACAGUUAAAUGGCAGGAGGUAUUUGAUGUCCUGUCUUGCUGCAGGUAAACUAGAGUUAUAAAUAUUACGUAGAUGAUGAAAGUGACAGGGAAAACAGUUGUCUUAAAUAUAUUUUGGAAACGAAGAUUGUCCAGGACAGAAAGGACCUCACUGGAUAGCUUUAGCUGGUGACACUUUGUUUUCUUUCAUGGCUUAUCGACUAAAGGCGCACCAUUGCAAUGGAUUACCAGAAUGAUGGAAAGAGGAACGUUCAACCACAGAGGAAGCAAUCUUCUAAUCCCACCUGGGCAUCUUACAGCUUAAUUGACCUGUUUCACAAUUCAAAUGGAGCAAAUGCUGUUGAUAUGUAUACCUUUUUUUGUUUUGUUUGAUUAUUAGGUAAUUAAGCCCUUGAAAACCUUAGUUCGUUUGAAGGUCUGUGUUUACCGCAAAAACUCAAAACAAAUAUUCAUGUAACAGUCAUUUCAAAGCAUGUCUAAUUGGAAUUCCAUUUCCGGAUUGACUGUGGAGGUCUCCUGAACUGUGUGCGGUAUUGUGUGGUUGACAGGACAAAAGCUUUCUGUAUUUCAUCUUUUACUAUUUCUUCGUUCUAUAAGGCUUGAGAAACACAAGUUUCUUAAAUUUUGUUGCUAAAGUGUUUAAAGUAACUUUUCAUCUUGGUGCACACGGGUGUGUCUCCCAAGUUUGCGUUGGAUAAUUGGCUCAUUUCAUCUCAAUGUUUUGCACCAUUUCCUUUGACUAAUUCUGCUGAAGAGCUCGAUCCUGCAUUGAUUAAUUAGUCCUUGAUCCUUUUUUAAAAUUAGUUUUAAGAAUUGAGUUUUUGCACAAUGUAGGCAGUGAGAACAGGUGUAGACGGGUCCAGGAUGAGCCCAGACCCAUUUGAUCGGUGUGCGUAGCCGAGCAGACGAGGUUCCUGCAGAAUAUAUUUGCAACACAAAUCGGGAAGACGCCGGGCCAGCCCCACGAAGGGGUUGGGUUUAUAACACCCACGUUUUCUGAACCGAAGCCUGUGUGGGGAAAGCUCUCUGGAGCCUUAUGUGGAGCACAGCGAUGGGUACGCGUGGCGGAAGUGUGCGCAGUCUGCUGAGAGUUGUUCCCUGAGCGGUGGGUUUGGUGCGUCAUUCAUCCUGCUGUCUCCCAGACUGUUUCGGUUUCAGUUUUCAGGGCCGUGCCUGUCUCCACUUCUAUUUUUAGAUUGUGAAUUUCAUAUCCCCAUCAUGACUCAUUUGGUCGUAAGAGUUUUUGCACUUUAUGUAAACUUUUUUUUUUUUUGUUAACGAGUACAACUAUAUAUAAAUAUAACGUAUAUGAAAUACUAACCCCGUUAAAGGCUUUGGGCUGGUUUAAGAUUAGAAAAAAAAAAUUUACUCAGGUAGAAUUAGGAAAGCCAUGACCUUAGAAAAUAGACCAACGCAAAGUUUAAUUGCCAAAUGAAAAAUGAAAAGUUUUCGUUUUUUUUUUUUUUUUUUUUCAUUGGGCACAUUUAAUUGGUGUGGGGGAAUUUUACAGUUAAAUGGUUCAGUUUGAAACUACUUUUAGCAUUGAGUUGCGUAUGUUAUCAAGGUAUUGGCUCUUCCCACAGAUAAGCACAUGUUGCACUGCUUUCAAUUGUCUGAACCUGUUAGCAUCGUACUUGACUUUUUUGUUGUCAGCGAAGGGCAUCUGCGUGAGCUGAGGCUUAAGUCAGUUUAGGGCUAAUGCAAUAGUUGGAUUAAUGCUGCAGCUGUUCCCCCCCCAGUCUCUCUAAGUUUUCAGCAGUGUUCAUGUUUCGCUCUGUUGCUGCUCCCAUUUCAAAAUGCAGGUGGAAAGCAAGUGGUUCACAUUCCCUGCAGUCAGAAAGUCCAAGUCUUACAGAAAUGCCCCCCCCCCCCCCCACCCCACCCACAGCCGCCAUCAGCGCAAUAGAAAUGGCACUACAUUGGUCCCUCCAAGACGCCACUCUUAAAAUUUCAGUUUAAGUUGAUGUUAAACUUGUUAUUGACAGCUCCGGUGUCUGAGCCACCACUAUUGUUCUAGUGCUCAUAGGUGGGCUCCACAUCUCAACACUAUCUAGAGAACCCCUGCUGCUCAUUCAGGUGCCUGCGGUCUGCUUGCUAAAGCUGCACGUGAAGUGUCUUCCUCCGACUCAUGUCUGCGCAGGCGCGGCUUGUGGGCUGCAGCGUGAAAAGCAGCAGCUGGUGAUGUCACGUGACGUGCCUGGGAGAAGAGAGUGCGCGUUCUUCUGCUCUCUCCCACAUCGGCUGCCGAGAUCGCAACGCGGCAUUCCAAAUUGGGGAGAUAAUGGGGGAAGGCAUUACAAAAAUGUUCUCUGUGCGGACUGCAUCUGUCUCAGCAUGUGCCAGAGAAGGGCCUGCUUUUUCUGUCCUGUUCCAUUUUAUAUUUGUUUAUUAUUAUUGUUAUUAUUAAAUCUAAAUUCUUCUGUUUCAAGAUACUACUGCUUCCUGAUAUGUCUCAUACUAAUUUGUGGGACUUGGACAUAAGUAUUACUUGUCUCCUGUAAUCAUAUUCAAAAGAAAUGGUGGAUUUCUGAACUGAGAAACGAACUCAUUUACUGUUAUCUGGGCUAGGAAAGUUGUAGUUAUUGUUCUCAACCACGCUGAAUCCAUUUCAGAAUUUUUAUUGUGCUAGAGAGUGCUCCUCUGUCUUGGGUCAGAUCGGUCUCGGGCUGCUCGUGUGCUGGGAGCACCUUGGCUGCAGUAGAAAAAUCAAAGAGAACUGGACCCGUUCCUGACCGUAGAUCUUUAUACUGCUUUUAGCUGUCUGCGCUAUUGCAUAUUGCUGAGAUUUUUGUUUGUAUUAAUCUAUCAUGGCUUUCUCAUUGAUCAAAUUGCUGUAGACAACCAGCUAUGUUUGCACAGUUAGUGAUAAAAGAUUUUUAAUGACUGAAAUCAUUUCUUUGCCUCCCCACAGUGUUAGUUUGUGUACAAGCAAUACCUCUUUUAAAUCCUCCCAAAACAGGAAGAAUAUUUGGCCUGGGGGCUGUAACGGUAGUUCCUUUGAAAUGGAAUAUUUAUAAGCCUGGUUUGUAAAGUUGAUAAGUUGCAUCUAUUGCUUUCCUGUAUAGGUGUCUUGGAUUUACAAACGGUCUCUGCGCAUGUCUAAUGGUGUUGCUUGCAUUAAAAAAAAAUGGAUCAGUCAGCCUUAGCAUUUGCAUUAGACCUUUCUAACCCAAACAUUGUUCUGUGAACUUAUUUUAUAGUGAGAAAUAAAGGUUUUUGCUGAGUCCAGUAUUGGAUGAGAUGCAUUAUUGGUGGUUAGAAUGCAGGGGAAAUGUUAAUUCCUCAGUUUAAUCAUUCGGUUUCCCUGGGGAAAAUGUUUUUAAAGCACUUAUUUAAUUCAAACCCAGACUGUUAUAUUUAUGCAUUUGGAAAGUGCGGAAUAAAAUGUGUCUGAAAGGUAAUGUUACCUCCAAACCAAAAAUUGCUCCAGGAAUGAGGGGCUGUUUUAGUAGUUGUGGGUCUAGGUGUGCGAGAGAGGUGUGUGGACUGUUCUGGAAAGCUUUUGAGUGGACAGAAUGAGAGUGCGACUGGCAUUUGGAAAGGAAGUUGAGGAAUUCCGAAGAAAUUUUGGUCUGUGUUUGCAUACCCCGAAGACAUUCAAAUGCCACAAAAGUGCUUAGGCAGGCAUUGGCCUCAGAGCUUUUGUGGUCUUUAAAUGACGGGCCGGUAGCAGUUAAGAGUUGGCGCAGUCCCUGAACUUGUGUGUCUGCGUACGCGUGUCUGUGCCUGUGAGACUGGAUGACUGGCUGAGUUUUCACAAAUGACGAUAUGCAAACUUCUUUGUUUCAGGAGUCUGGUUUUACCAUGUUUAGUCUGCCUGUGUUCGAAAGGACAGAUGUUGAAAAUGAUGAACUUGAUAAUUGCUUACUUUUUGUCUUUACAUUUGAAAUGAUUUUCAAAGUUUUACGUGCCAUGUCUUGUUUUUUUUUCUUCUUUUUUUUUCCAGAAAUCGUUUUGAAUAGGUUGUAUUUUUUUUUUUGUCUUUUUCCCUUCUUUGUUGCUUCCCCUGAAAUUUCUUUAGGAAGUUUCAAAUAUUUUGAACUAAACUGUCAGUGCUUAUUAACUUGUCUGAUGUAAUCUGCUUAUCCUUUAUUGAUAAUCCUACAUUGUUACAUUUUAAAUAACCUGGCUAACUGGUAUAUGCAUUGCAUUCAGUCCAUCCUCUGAUUUAUGAUUCUGUGCUAGUCACAAAUAAAUUCUGUUUUACAAUAA